GUGAAACCUUACAAAUUGCUCUGAUAUAAGUUUUAGUCUGUGCCCCUUCGUUCUUCUCGUCGCUGUAUUGAAGUCUUGUCUUUGAUCGUGAUCCUUCUUUAUCCAUGCAUUGUCGCCCCGUCCCCGUGAUCCUCGAGUUAAUAAGAUACUGUAGCAAGCCGUUACUCACAAUUUUUCAAUGAUCCCAAAAGAAGUAGGCCAAACGAAAAUAAGAUUCUGCUUGUGUGCACAACGGACUUUACUUGUGUAGAAAGAUGAGGCAAAGGAAAGCAUACAAAGUACAUUGCUUAACCUGUUAAACCAAAAAGACGGAACUUAUUUUUGGGAGGUAGAAGAACAAAAAUGGUCACUAACGACGAGGAUACUAACGGUAUACACGGGCCGGCGUCCUCCGAGUCCGACGACGACGUCGAGAUCGGGGACGCAAGCAGUGCGGGUGCACCGGAUUCAUUUUCCGACGACUACGACACGAAGAAAGCGGGAGAGGGAGAGCUCGGAGCCGUGCUCGGUGGAAGUUUUUCACCGUUUGCUACGAGUUUCGCGAUAAAGACCAGCAAUUGCGUGGCCCCGACCGUCUGGCUCUGCGAAACCAGGAAAUAGUUUCCGAUCUCUGCGCGCACAUACACCGAGUUGAAAUCGCCGCCGACUGAUUCUUCGAGGUAUUGGCAGCCGAAGCCCUCGGAGGAAGAGAAAAGACGGCACACCAUUCUACUGGAGCAGAAGUCUCGCCUGCAGCCAUUUUUGAGUCAGAUGCCAAAAGCUGCCUUCGGGCACGGCAAAGAGACCAAGCGGGACAGCUCGAUCCGAGAUGCGCUGCAGCUGUCAAGCGACAAGUUCAGCGUGAACGUUGGCCACGCUUCUCUUGCUGAUUUUUUGCAACAGCAGGGCGCGCUAGAGAAGAUUGAGACUGCGUUGCAAAUCACCACGCCUUUGGAGAUCGAGCUUUACUCUCUCAACGUAUACCAGAAUGGGUAUUUUGUCAAGCACAAAGACACGCCUCGUCGGGGUGACGACAUGCUGGGUGCUCGCUGGAGCUGAGCGCUUUUCUGGCUUCAGUUUUGGCUCGAAGAAGGUUUCUAUUCCGGUUACCACGCAUCUGCCCUGUGCUGUAUUUUUCAGCGACAUUGAUCACGAGUUCAACAAGGUCGAGGAAAGCAUCCGCAUGACAGUCGCUUUUCUGAUUCGCCGCGCAGAUCACAGUUCCGCGGCUGGGCUUAUUCCACGCAAGCUCACAGAACCGGAACAGCGGACAAAACUGGCAGCGAUGAUAGGUGCGCUGGUGCAAAACAAGAACGUUCUCUCCCAUGGGAGCACGGUCGGUUUCCCAUGUCAUCACCUCUACACGAACACAGAGGUGUUUCCGCGAUCGAACCACGGCGCCGAUGCACCGCUAACCAAGGAACAGAUUGAACGGCUCAAGGGCAAAGACGGCAUCGUCGGCCGCACCAUCAACGCCGUGCAGGUGCAGCGAAAUGCGGGCGGCGACUUUGAGUUCUAUCUGCAGCCAUACCUCAACCAUUGCUACUCCAUGGACGAUGGCAGCGGUGAUUACUUGCUGAACAAAUUUCCGUUCGGCAAAGUCGUGCCGCGUCGAUUGGGCGACGCUAAAAUCGAGAUGCACUUUAAAGCGGAGCCGACUUUAUUUGGGAGUUCUGCAGCCGAUGAGCUCGUGAAUGUGUGGGCGCUCGAUGAGAAAAAGUUUUCGCACGAAGCGCACUGCGUCCGAUCGACCGAGUGA